AUGCUGCCAAGAAGGAACAAUGCUACAAGAGUCAACGUCAACAGGGAUGAUCAAAUGGCUGAAACAAUGAAUAACAUGGUUGCUUAUGUUGCUUUACAGACAGCUGCAAAGACUCUACGGGAUCUGGAGAAGAGGGAAAAAGAAAUUUGUGCUGCUGAGUCAAGGGGAUUGGAAGAUUUUUGUCAUCACAAUCCUCUAAAGUUUAGGGGUGCUGAGAGUCUAGAAAAAACCGACCAUUGGAUUCAGGAAGUGGAAAAUAUAUUCGAAAUGAUUAAUUAUCAGGCAAUGGUAAAGGUCAAUUAUGCUACGUAUUUGCUACUAGGAGAUGCUGAAUAUUGGUGGAGAUGUACAAGGCUUCUGAUGGGAUCAGCUCAUGAGGAGGUGAACUUGGAGUCGUUCAAAAGGAAAUUUUUAGACAAAUACUUCCCGAUGAGUACCAGAACUAAGUUGGGUUAUGAUUUUCUUAAAUUGUACCAGGGAAAUAUGAUAGUGGACGAAUAUGUUGCUAAGUUUCAGUCAUUAUCAAUACAUUUUAGGUUUUUCCGUGAAGAGGUUGAUGAACAAUUUAUGUGUCACCGAUUCCAAAAUGGACUAAAGUAUGAGAUUCAAGACUCUGUCCUGCCAUUGGGAAUUCAGCGUUUCCAAAACAAAAAAGGAAAACAAGUUGUUAAGCCUUAUAACCGACCACAUUACAACAAUAGGGGUCAGAAUCGUCUAGUGAACCAGAACAUUGGAAGACAAUUGGGACAAUUAACUCGAUGUUUCCAAUAUGGAGAAGAGGGGAAUUAUGCUAAUGCUUGUACCUCUAAGAGUUUUCCAUGCUACAAUUGCCAGAAGCUAGGGCACUUUGCAAGGGAUUGCAAGGCUCUAAAGGUGGAACCAAUAGUGAAUGCAACUAGGGCUACUCGUCCUACUGCUAAAGGACGCAUUUAUUGCAUGAGUGCUAAAGCUGGAAAUCAAUCUAGCAAUUUGAUCCAACGAGACUACAGUAUGGAUUGGAUGUCGUAUCAUUAUGUAAUCUUAGAUUGUGCUUGCAAAUUGGUUCUUUUCCCCGAGCCGGGAGUCGUUAAGUAUAUGGCUGCUAACAAACUCGGAGUGUCGCUGAGAGAAGGAACUCGAGUUUCUUUCAUUAGAUAA